AUGCCCGCAGAUGCGCCCUCAAGACGAACGAGCGGCACAACGGCCCCUGAACGAGUCCAAAGGACCACAACGACUCCAGAUAUCACGGCUCCGUCUUCACGGAGAGCCAUCAACCGCUUCAGAGCCCAAGCGUUCAUAUUUGGAGCACCAUGGUUCAUCGCCUUCACAUGGCAAGCCGCUGUCCACAACCUAUUCUGGAACGGGUUCAUGACCACCGGCAUCUUCACAUUCGUCUUCUUCGGCCUCGCGAGCCCCAUGGAGCACGUCCCUCCGGAGAGACUUCUCAAGUGGACCGCGUUCGCGACCGUAUUUCACUUUGUGACGUACCUAACAAGUUCGAUCUUGAUUUCCGCCUCGAUAUUAUUGCUUUAUAAGGGCGCAAUCUGGUACUCGUUCGCGUGGCUGUUUGUUUGGUUCGUCGUCUCGGCGUAUGCGUUUCUCAUCGCCGCGAGUUGGCUCGUCGGAAUAGGGCCACAGGAUGAGGACGACAUCAAUAUUUCGAGUUGGCCCGCUUGGGUGAAGGAUCUCCUCCCGCAUGGAAUCGCCACGAUGAUCAAGGACGAAUACACGAGACACCCUGAGCCAGCUGUUCAAGUUCGUGGCACAGAGGGCCCUAGAGAUCCAAGUUCGAGGGCCUGA